AUGCGCCCCGGCCCGCGGUGCCCGGCUGCCGCCCUGGCGCUGGCGCUGGCCCUGAGCCUGGCCCUGCUGUGCAGCCCCGCGGCGCCUGGCAGGACAUUCCCUCUCUCUCUCUCUCUCUCUCUCUCUCUUUCUCUCUGUCUUCCCCCCUCUCUGCCAGCCUCCUUCUUCGGUGAGAACCACCUGCAGGUGCCCAUGGCCACAGCCCUGACCAGCAUCAACCUUGAACUUCAGUUCUCCACGGCUCAGCCCGACGCACUCCUCUUCCUGGCGGCGGGCCAGGCUGACCAUCUCCUGCUCCAGCUCCUGUCCGGACGCCUGCAGGUGAGACUCGUCCUGGGCCCGGAGGAGCUGAGGCUGCAGGCCCCCGGAGGGCCGCCUGUGACCGACGGCGCCCCGCACACCGUGUUGCUCUCAAUCGCUGACGGCUGGGCCGAGCUCUCCGUGGACGGACUAAACACCUCCGCUGCCGCCUCGGGAGCCCCGCUGGAGGCCGCCUAUGGGGUGUUCGUGGGGGGCUCGGGGGGCCUAUCCCUGCCCUACCUGCGUGGAGCGAGCCGCCCCCUGAGAGGCUGCCUCCACGUGGCCAGCCUCAACGGCCGGGGCCUCCUGCGGCCCCUGACUCCCGGGGUGCAGGAGGGCUGCGCGGAGGAGUUCUCCACGGGGGACGACGUAGCUUUGGGAUUCUCCGGGGUGCAGUCGCUGGCUGCCUUCCCCGCCUGGCAGGCUCAGGACGAGGGCACCCUGGAGCUGACCCUCACCACGCGCAGCCCGCGGGCGCCGCUGGCCUUCCAGGCGGGCGGGCGGCGCGGGGACUUCAUCUACGUGGACAUCUUCGACGGCCACCUGCGCGCCGUGGUGGAGAAAGCGCAGGGCACCGUGCUCCUGCACAACAGCGUGCCCGUGGAUGACGGCCAGCCCCACGAGGUCAGCAUCCGCGUGGACGCCCAGCAGCUGCAGAUCUCCGUGGAUCAGUACCCCACCCGGACUUCCAAUCGCGGGCCUCUCGGUUAUGUGGAAUCUGGGGGUCACCUCCUGCUCGGGGGGCUGGACGCGGAGGCCAUGGGGCAUCUCCAGGGGCAUCGCCUGGGCCUGGCGCCGCCCAGCGCCUCCCUGGAGGGCUGCGUGGAGGAUCUGCGCGUGAAUGGACGCAGACACGGACUCCGUGACGCGCAGUGGACCCGCCACAUGGCGGCCGGCUGCAAGAACGAGGAAGAUGAGUAUGAGGAGGAUGUCUACGGCCAGUACGACGUGCUCUCCACCCUGGCGCCCGACAUCUGGCCAGCUGUGGAGCUGCCCGAGCCCUGCGUCCCCGAGCCCGGCCUGCCCCCGGCCUUCGCCAACUUCACGCGGCUGCUGACCAUCCACCCACUGGCCGUGGCCGAGGGCGGCGCGGCGUGGCUGGAAUGGCGGCACGUGCAGCCCACGCUGGACCUGACCGAGGCCGAGAUGCGCAGAUCCCAGGUCCUGUUCCGGGUGAGCCGGGGACCCCGCCACGGCCAGCUGGAGCUGGACAUCCCCGGUGCCCAGGCCCGGAAGAUGUUCACCCUGCUGGACGUGGUCAACCGCAAGGUCCGCUUCGUCCACGAUGGCUCCGAGGACGCAUCCGACCAGCUGGUACUAGAGGUGUCCGUGACAGCACGGGGACCGGUGCCCGGCUGCCUGCGCAAAGGCCAGAUUUACCUCCUGCCCGUCGAGAUCAGCCCGGUGGACGACCCUCCGCGAGUGCUCUUCCCACAAGGCGGCCUCAUGACCAUUCUAGAAAACACCCAGAAGCCCCUAGGGCCUGAGAUCGUACAGGCCUACGACCCAGAUUCCCCCUGCGAGAGCCUCACCUUCCAGAUCCUCGGGGCCUCCACCAGCCUCCCCGUGGAGCAUCGCGAGCGGCCCGGGGAACCCACCGCCGAGUUCUCUUGCCAGGAUCUGGAGAGAGGGGACAUAGUCUACGUGCACCGCCGUGGCCCGGCGCAGGACCUGAGCUUGCGGGUCAGCGAUGGGCUGCAGGCCAGCGCCCCGGCCACGCUGCGGGUCGUGGCGGUGCGGCCCACGCUCCGUGUCCGCCACAGCACCGGGCUGCGCCUGGCGCAGGGCUCGAUCGCGGCCAUCACGCCGGCCAACCUGUCGGUGGAGACCAACGCGGUGGGCCAGGAUGUGAGCGUGCUGUUCCGGCUGACGGGGGCCCUGCAGUUUGGGGAGCUGCAGAAGCGGGGGGCCGGCGGGGCGGAGGGCACGGAGUGGUGGCCCACGCAGGCUUUCCACCAGCGCGACGUGGACCAGCACCGCGUGCGCUACGUGAGCACCGAUCCCGCGCGUCGGCGCCUGGACAUGGCCGAGGACGUGGCGCUGGAGGUGCAGGUGGGGCAGGAGACGCUGGACAACCUGUCCUUCCCCGUGUCUAUCCAGCGGGCCGCCGUGUGGAUGCGGCGCCUGACGCCGCUGCGCACGCACCACGCCCGGCCCGAGCCGCUGACCGCUGCGCACCUGGAGGCCGCCCUGGAGGAGGAGGCGGCGGCCGAGGCCACCCCGAGCCCCAGCGCCUUCCGCUACCACCUCGUGCAGCCCCCCAAGAAGGGCAACCUGCAGCUCCGGGGUGCCAGGCUGGCCGAGGGCCAGAGCUUCACGCAGGACGACAUCCACACGGGCCGGGUCAGCUACGUGGCCACCACACGCGUGUCCCAGGCCACGGAGGACGCCUUCCGCUUCCGGAUCACGGCCCCCCCCCACUUCUCGCCGCUCUACACCUUCCCCGUCCACGUGGGCGGCGACCCGGACGCCCCCGUGCUCACCAACACCGUGCUGCCCGUGCCCGAGGGCGGCCACGCCACGCUCACCCCGCAGCACCUGUUCAUCAAGAGCCCCCACGGCGACAGCUACGUGUACGAGGUGAUCGAGAGCCCCCGCCACGGGCGGCUGGCGUGGCAGCCCCCGCGGGACGCCGCCGCGCCCGUGACCACCUUCACCAACGACGACCUGCGUCGUGGCCUCCUGCAGUACCGGCACGACCACUCCGAGACCACGGAAGACGACGUCCCGUUCGUGGCCACGCGCCAGGGCGAGAGCAGCAGCGGCGACGCGGCGUGGGAGGAAGUCCGGGGCGUCUUCCGCGUGGCCAUCCGGCCCGUGAACGACCACGCGCCCCGGCAGGUGGUCAGCCGCGUGUUCCGCGUGGCGCGGGGCGGGCGGCGGCUGCUGACCACCGACGACGUGGCCUUCAGCGACGCCGACUCGGACGCCAGCGACGCGCAGCUGGUGCUCACACGCAAGGAUCUCCUGUUCGGCAGCAUCGUGGCGGUGGAGGACCCCGCCAGGCCCGUCUACCGCUUCACGCAGGAGGACCUGCGGGCCGGGAGGAUCCUCUUUGUGCACUCCGGGGCCGACCACGGCUGGCUGCAGCUGCAGGUGUCCGACGGGCAGCACCAAACCACCGCCAUGCUGGAGGUCCAGGCCUCGGAGGCCUACCUCCGCGUGGCCAACGGCUCGGGCCUCGUGGUGCCGCAAGGCGGCCAAGGCACCGUCGACGCAGCUGCAUUCCACCUGGAAACCAACUUGGAUAUCCGCAGCGGAGAGGAGGUCCACUACCGAGUCACGGCGGGCCCGCGCUGGGGACAGCUGCUCCGAGCCGGCCAGCCGGCCACCGCCUUCUCCCAGCAGGAUUUGCUGGAUGGGAAGAUUCUCUACAGCCAUAAUGGCAGCCUCGCUCCUCGGGACUCUGUGGGUCUCGCUGUGGAGGCCGGCCCGGUGCGCACAGACGCCAUCCUACAGGUGACCGUCGUGCUGGACGGCACGCCGGCCCCGCCGCAGCUGCUCAGACACCAGAAGAUCUACGCCGUCCAGGGAGAAGCAGCGAGGAUCGGAAGAGAGCAGCUGGAGGUGUCUCAGGAGGCCGUGCCCCCGGCGGACAUCGUGUUCUCGGUGAAGAUGCCCCCGGCCGCUGGCCACCUGGUGUCCCAGGGCCCUGACGCGGCCGACCCCCGCAGCCUGGGCCCCGCGGGGAGCUUCUCCCAGGAGGACGUAAAUGCGGGCAGGGUCUUCUACGUGCACACUCGCCCCGAGGCUGGGGAGGACGCCUUCUCCCUGGACGUGACCUCCGGCCUUGGCGCCCCCCUGGAAGGCGUCCUCUUGGAGCUGGAAGUGCUGCCCAGAGUCUUACCCCUGGAGGCCCAGAACUUCAGCGUUCCCGAGGGCGGAGCGCGCACCUUGGCUCCGCCCCUGAUCCGGGUCCCCGGGCCACGCCUCUCCACACUGCCCGGCCUCCGGCUGCACGUGCUGGACCCGCCCCAGCACGGGGCCCUGCGGAAGGAGGGGCAGCGGCAAGACCAGACCCUACUCAGCUUUUCCUGGAGAGAGGUGGAGGAACAGCAGAUUCUCUAUGAGCACGAUGGAAGCCAGGCGCUUAUGGAUCGUUUCGUGCUGGUGGCCAACGCCUCGGGCGUCCACAGCCAGAGCGCGCCCGUGGCCUUCGCCAUCACCAUCCAGCCGGUGAACGACCAGCCUCCCGUCCUCACCACAAACAGGGGCCUGCAGAUGUGGGAGGGGGCCACCGUGCCCAUCCCCCCCGAGGCCCUCAGGGGCACCGACAGCGACUCAGGGCCCGAUGACCUGGUCUACACCAUCGAGCAGCCCAGCAACGGCCGCGUGGCGCUGCGGGCGGCGCCGGGCGACGCGGUCCAGCACUUCACCCAGGCGCAGCUGGACGGCGGCCUGGUGCUGUUCUCACACACAGGGGCCCUGGACGGAGGCUUCCGCUUCGCCCUGUCCGACGGCGCGCACGCGUCUCCUGGACACUUCUUCCGGGUGACCGCGCAGAAGCAGGUGCUCCUCUCGCUGGACGGCAGCCGGACACUGACCGUGUGCCCAGAGUCCGUCCAGCCGCUGAGCAGCCAGAGCCUGCGGGCCAGCUCCAGCGCCGGCACGGAGCCCCAGCACCUGCAGUUUCGGGUGCUGCGGGGUCCCCAGCUUGGCCGGCUCCUCCGGCAGCAGGGCGGCUCUGCGGAGCCCCUGCUGAACUUCUCCCAGGCCGAGGUCUACGCGGGGCAUGUUCUGUACGAGCACCAGGCGUCCCCUGAGCCUUUCUGGGAAGCCCAGGACACCAUAGAACUCGCGCUGUCCUCGCCGCCCGCCCCGGACGUGGCCGUGACCCUGGCUGUGACUGUGACCUUCCAGGCCGCCUGUCCCCAGCGUCCCAGCCGCCUUUGGAGAAACAAAGGUCUCUGGGUCCCCGAGGGCCAGCGAGCGGCCAUCACCCCAGCCGCCCUGGACGCCGCCAACUUCCUGGCCAGCGUCCCCGCGUCCCAGCGGCCCCAGCACGACGUCCUGUUCCAGCUGACGCAGUUCCCCACGCGCGGCCAGCUGUGGGUAUCCGGGGAGCCCCUCCACGCCGGGAGCCCCCACUUCCUGCAGUCCCAGCUGGCCGUGGGGCAGCUGGUGUAUGCCCACGGCGGCGGGGGCACCCAGCCGGACAGCUUCCGCUUCCGUGCCCAGCUCCGGGGUCCAGCGGGGGUCUCGGCCACGGCACCCCACACCUCCGAGGCCUUCGCCAUCACCGUCCGCGAUGUGAACGAACGGCCACCCCAGCCCCAGGCCUCCGCCCCGCUCCGCCUCACCCGCGGCUCCCGAGCCCCCAUCUCUAGAGCUCAGCUGAGCGUGGUGGAUCCCGACUCCGCCCCGGAGGAGAUCGAAUACGAGGUGCAGCGGGCACCCCACAACGGCUUCCUGAGCCUGGCGGGGGGCAGCCCGGGGCCCGUGGCCCGCUUCACACAGGCCGACGUGGACGGAGGCCGCCUGGCUUUCGUGGCCAACGGGAGCAGCGUGGCGGGGGUCCUGGAGCUGAGCGUGAGCGACGGGGCCAGCCCCCCACUGCCCAUGUCCCUGGCUGUGGAGGUCUUGCCAUCCACCCUCGAGGUGCAGACCCGAGCACCCCUGGAGGUGCCCCAAGCAUCGGGGCGCUCUCCUCUGAGCCAGCAACAGCUGCAGGUGUUCUCUGACCGGCCCGAGCCGGACGUGGCGUACCGCGUGACCCAGGGACCCCGGCACGGGCAGCUGCUGGUCGGGGGGCGGCCCGCCUCGGCCUUCAGCCAGCUCCAGGUGGACCGGGGGGAGGUGAUCUUUACCUUCACCAACUUCUCCUCGCCCCACGAUCGCUUCGGGGUCCUGGCGCUGGCCAGGGGUGCCAACGCCACGGCCACCGUCAAUGUCACGGUGCGCGCUCUCCUGCGCGUGUGGCCCGGUGGCCCGUGGCCCCAGGGUGCCACCUUGCGUCUGGACCGCAGCGUGCUGGAUGCCGGCGAGCUGGCCAACGUCACUGGCACUGUCCCCCAUUUCCGGCUCCUCCAGGGGCCCCGACACGGUCGCCUGGUCCCCACGAGCCAGGCCCGGACAGAAUCCAGAAACAGCCAGCUGGUGGAAGGCUUCACUCAGCGAGAUCUGGAGGCCGGGAGGCUGGGCCUGGAGGUGGACCGGCCCGAGGGCCCUCCCGGCCCGGUCGCUGACCGCCUCACCCUGGAGCUGUGGGCGCCCGGCGUCCCUCCGGCCGUGGCCUCCGUGGAUUUCAUCACCGAGCCUUACGACGCAGCGCGCUCGUACGGCGUGGCCCUGCUCCGUGUCCCCGACGUGGUGAGGACGGGCAAGCCGGAGGGGAGCAGCCCCACCGGGCAGCCAGGCCCCGCGGCGGCCAGCCCCGGGCCCACCGCGGCCAGGGGCGGCUUCCUGGGGUUCCUGGAGGCCAAUAUGUUCAGCAUCAUCAUCCCCGUGUGCCUCGUGCUGCUGCUCCUGGCGCUCAUCCUGCCGCUGCUCUUCUACCUGCGCAAGCGCAACAAGACCGGCAAGCACCACGUGCAGGUGCUGACCGCCAAGCCGCGCAACGGCUUCGCCGGCGACACCGAGACCUUCCGCAAGGUGGAGCCCGGCCAGGCGAUCCCCCUCACCGCCGUGCCCGGCCAAGGCCCCCCACCCGGGGGACAGCCCGACCCCGAACUGCUCCAGUUCUGCCGGACACCCAACCCUGCCCUCAGGAAUGGCCAGUACUGGGUGUGAGGCCCGAUCGGGGAUCCACAUGCUGCCCGCACCCCCCGAGAAAACACAGAAGAGGCCCAGGGGUGCCAGGAGCAGAGGAGAGAAGCGUGGGAAG